AUGGUUCCGGCGGCCGAAGCAGCCCCGGCACUGCUCCUGGCAGUGCUGCUGGUGGCGUCGGCUGUUUCUGCCCAUUGGCCCAUUUCAGAGUCUAGUAGUGGCAUACCGGGUGAAGAGUUGACAGGGACGUUGAAGUGUAACGAUGACCAGUUCGCGUGCGCAGACGCGUUGCGUUGCGUGCCCGCCGCCUGGCGCUGCGACGGGCGCGCGCACUGCACGGACGCGUCGGACGAGAUUAGUUGCACAUACAACACGACCUGCGGUCCCGGACAGUUCCGCUGCGUGCGCAGCGGCCUGUGCAUAGCGGCGAGCUGGCGCUGCGACGGGGACGCCGACUGCGGCCCGCACGACGCCUCCGACGAGGACCCCUACAUGUGUGAAAAGGACUUCAAGUGCUGGGGCGCGUGGGCGCGGUGCGCGACGCCGGAGGACGGCCAGUUCAGCUGCGUGCCCGUCUACAACUUCUGCGACGGCGUGCGCCACUGCCUCGACGGCAGCGACGAGUGGGACAUUUGCGACAACUUCACGGAGUCGUCGUGCGCGGCGCUGGGCUGCGCGGCGUGCCGGCCCACGCACGAGGGCGCUUCCUGCUACUGCCAGCCCGGUUACGAGUGGCGCGACGGCCGCUGCGUCGACAGCGACGAGUGCGAGUGGGAGGGGGCGUGCGCGCAGCGUUGCAGCAACCUGCCCGGAUCGUACGCGUGUGCGUGCGCCGCCGGCUACGUGCUGCGCGCCGACCAGCGCUCCUGCGCAGCCGUCAACGAUCCAGUGGGGGCCCCGCUGUCGCUGAUAGUGGCGACGGAGAGCGGCGUGGAACGCGUGUGGCCCGCCGAGCCCGCCGCCUCCGCGCGCGGUAACCACUCCCUCGCCGCGCUCGACGUGCGCGCCAUCGACUUCCUUUAUACCAACAGGAGCGUGUGCUACGUGCACCGCAACGUGAGCCGCGCGGCGCUAGUGUGCGUGGACGCGGACGACUUCUCGCGCCGCCGCGAGCUGCCCGCGCCGCACCCGCUGCCCGACCUCGACUCGGUGGAGCACCUGGCCAUCGACUGGGUGUCGGGUAACUGGUACGUGGCGGACAGCGCGCGCGAGCUGGUGGCGCUGUGCGACGCCGCGCUGCGCCACUGCCGCCUCUUGCCCGAGCGCGCGCUCGGCCGCCUGCGCUCGCUGGCGUUGGACCCCACCGCCGGGUACAUGUUCUGGAGCGCGUGGGGCGCCGAGCCGCCGGCCGUGCGCCGCGCCUCACUGGCCGGCGCCGACGCGCGCGCGCUCGCCGACCUCAAGCUGGUGUACCCCGGCGCGCUGGCGCUCGACCCCGCCGCGCGCGCGCUCUACUGGGUCGACGCCUACCUCGAGUGCGUCGAGCGCGUCGACUACGACGGCCGGCGCCGCGCCACCGUGCGCCGCGGAUACGACUCGCAGCGGCUGGAGCGCAUCUCGGUGCUGGAGGGGCUGCUGUACCUGCCGGUGUGGCAGAACCGCAGCGUGCUGGCCGCGUCGCGCUACCGCCGCGCGCGCGCGCCGCCCGCGCACCACGCCGUGCGCGCGCGCCCGCUCGCCGCGCUCGUGUACCACCGACAGCGACAACCUAACGUGACGCACCCGUGCGCGGUGCGCAAGGGCGGCUGCGCACACGUGUGCGUGCCGGCGUACAGCGGCGCGGCGCCGCGCGCGCACUGCGUGUGCCGCAACGGGUACCGCCUCGUGGGCCACGGCGACUGCGAGCAGCGAAGGACAUGGUGUUGGAAGGUAUACGAGUAUGUUGCAUGGGCUCCGGCAGGCGUGGAGGCGGAGAGCUACCUGGUGGUGUCGCGCGGCGCGCCGGCGCUGGUGGGCGGGCUGGUGCUGGCGGGGGCGGGGCCGGGGGCGGCGCCGGGGGCGGAGCCCGACGAGCCCUUCGCGCCCGCCACGCACGCCGCGCGCCCCACCGCCUCCGACGUCGACAUCGACAAGCAGAUGCUCUACUAUUGCGACGUGCACAAAUAUCAAAUUAUCCGGCAGAAACUCGACGGAAGCCAACAAGAGGUUUUUCUCGGAGCUGAAGUUGACAACUGUGAAGGACUCGCUAUCGACUGGAUGAGCCGCAACGUGUACUGGACGGACGACGCGCUGGGGCAGCUGAGCGUGGCGCGGCUGGACGCGCGCGCGCGCCGCGUGCUUCUGCGCGCGCCGCACUACCACCCGCGCGCCCUCGCGCUCGACCCCGCCAACGGGCAAGUGCUGCACUGCACAAUCAUUCUAUAUUAUUUUUAUAUUAUGCUAUUU